AUUUAUCGCCCUGAGUGAGUUCCUGGCCAGAUGGCCGCUGCGUUUGGCUUAAGCGCUGGGAGGGCCUUUUUUGGCCGGGGUUGAGCCCGCCUACCGGGCUUGCACUCGGGGCUCGCUCUGCAGCAGUCUCCGUGCGCAAGGCCGCGCAUGCAGCCCAGGGAAAGGCGGGCGGGCGGGCGAGCGAGCAAGAGCGCGCGCGGCCGGGCUUCCUCCGUGGCCGGCGGGGGCGGUGUGCAGGCCGGGCCGGCUGGCGCAGGGCGUGGGGCGCCGCUCCUGGCUGCUGCUCCGGAGAGGGAGACGAGGAAACGGAAGCGCCGCCGCCGUGCUGGCUGCUGCUGCUGCUGCACCACCGGCCGCAGGAACUGGGAGGAAGGCGCAGCGUCCCUGAGUCCCAACAUGCAACAUGGCAGCAGCGAUGGAGACUGAACAGGCCGGCCUUGAAAUCUUUGAAACAUCUGAGCGCAAAGAGAAUGCGGCAUCGGAGGAGAAGAUAAAGCUGGACACUUACUAUGUGGAAAGGCAUUCCUGGAGCCAGUUGAAGAAACUGCUUUCAGAUACCCGGAAGUACCACAGCAGUCUGAUGGCCAAGGCGCCGCACGACUUCACAUUUGUGAAGCGCAACGAUCCCGAAGGGCCGCACUCGGACAGGGUCUACUACCUUGCGAUGUCCAGUGAGAACAGGGAAAAUACGUUGUUUUAUUCCGAAAUCCCCAAAACCAUAAACAAGGGUGCUGUGCUUAUGUUUUCCUGGAAGCCCCUCUUGGAUCUCUUUCAGGCCAGCUUAGAUUAUGGGAUGUACUCCCGUGAGGAGGAAUUGCUGCGGGAAAGGAAGCGAAUUGGGACGGUGGGGAUCGCCUCAUACGAUUACCACCGAGAAAGUGGCACGUUUCUGUUCCAAGCUGGCAAUGGGAUUUAUCAUGUGAAAGACGGAGGCCCCGGAGGGUUCACGAAGCAGCCCUUGCGGCCCAAUUUGGUGGAGACGAGCUGUCCCAACAUACGGAUGGACCCCAAGCUCUGCCCGGCGGAUCCCGACUGGAUUGCGUUUAUCCACAGCAAUGACAUCUGGAUCUCUAAUCUAGCAACUAGGGAAGAAAGGAGGCUGACGUUUGUACACAAAGAAUUCACCAAUGUUGAAGAUGACCCCAAAUCCGCAGGAGUCGCCACAUUUGUGCUGCAGGAGGAAUUCGACAGAUACACCGGCUACUGGUGGUGCCCUACUGCGGAGCCAACGGUUGGCGGAGGCAAAAUUCUUAGAAUUCUGUAUGAAGAAAACGAUGAGUCAGAGGUGGAAAUCAUUCACGUCACGUCCCCCAUGCUGGAGACAAGGAGGACAGAUUCUUUCCGCUACCCCAAAACAGGCACUGCUAACCCCAAAGUCACUUUCAAAUUAUCUGAAAUAUCCGUUGCUGCUGAUGGAAAUAUUUUGGACGUGGUGGAUAAAGAGCUUGUGCAACCCUUUGAGAUCCUCUUUGAAGGGGUGGAGUAUAUUGCCAGAGCUGGAUGGACUGUGGAGGGCAAAUAUGCGUGGGCAAUCUUCCUCGAUCGUUCCCAAACGAGGCUUCAAAUUGUGCUGCUCCCCCCUGCUUUAUUUAUACCUGUGGAAGACGAUGCCAUGGAGAGGCAACAGCUGAUCGACGCCGUGCCAGAUUCUGUGACGCCUUUGAUCAUUUAUGAAGAAACAACAGAUAUCUGGAUAAACAUCCAUGACAUCUUCCACAUUUUCCCCCAAACCCGGGAGGAUGUGAUAGAGUUCAUUUUUGCCUCGGAGUGCAAAACAGGUUUCCGGCACCUGUACAAAAUCACAACGGUUCUGAAGGACAGCAGAUACAAACGCUCUUGUGGAGGACUGCCUGCCCCAAAUGAUUUCUUGUGUCCCAUCAAAGAGGAGUUGGCGAUUACCAGCGGGGAGUGGGAAGUGCUCGGCAGACAUGGUUCCAAUAUCCGGGUGGAUGAAGCUAAAAAAAUGGUAUAUUUUGAAGGUACGAAGGAUACCCCCUUGGAACACCACCUGUAUGUUGUUAGCUAUGAGCAUCCUGGAGAGGUGAAGCGGCUGACGGAUCGGGGCUUCUCGCAUUCAUGCUGCGUCAGUCAGGACUGUGAUAUGGUCAUCUGUAAAUUCAGCAACCAGAAGAACCCCCACCAGGUGUCCUUGUACAGACUAACGGGUCCCGAAAAUGAUGCUACCCAUAGGUCAAUGGAAUUUUGGGCCACCAUUUUAGAUUCUGCAGGUCCCCUCCCUGAUUACACCCCCCCUGAGAUCUUCUCUUUCAAGAGUUCUUCAGGAUUUGUGCUGUAUGGGAUGAUGUAUAAACCUCAUGAUCUCCAACCUGGAAAGAAGUACCCAACUGUCCUUUUCAUCUAUGGAGGCCCUCAGGUGCAGUUGGUGAACAACCGGUUUAAGGGGUUGAAAUAUUUCCGUCUGAACACGCUGGCCUCCCUGGGCUACGUUGUAGUGGUGAUCGACAACAGGGGCUCUUGCCACCGAGGGCUGAAGUUUGAAGGGGCCUUUAAAUACAAGAUGGGGCAAAUUGAAAUUAACGACCAAGUAGAAGGCUUGCAAUACUUGGCUUCCCGAUACGAAUUCAUCGAUUUAGACCGGGUUGGUAUUCAUGGCUGGUCUUAUGGAGGUUACCUUUCCCUCAUGGCUUUACUGCAGAAGCCAGACAUCUUCAAGGUUGCUGUUGCCGGGGCCCCCGUCACAUUGUGGCUGUUUUAUGACACGGGGUACACCGAACGCUACAUGGGACACCCGGAUCAGAACGAGCAAGGUUAUUAUCUAGGCUCGGUGGCUAUGCAGGCGAAUAAGUUUCCUUCCGAACCCAACCGGUUGCUGCUGCUGCACGGAUUCCUGGAUGAAAACGUUCACUUUGCUCAUUCGAGCAUCUUGUUGAGCUUCCUAGUCAGGGCUGGGAAACCAUAUGAUCUACAGAUUUAUCCUCAGGAGCGACACAGCAUCCGGGUUCCCGAAUCAGGAGAGCACUACGAACUCCACCUGUUGUAUUACCUCCAGGAGAACCUGGGGUCUCACAUGGCUGCAUUGAAGGCCGUGCAGUGAUGCUCACACACACGUUCCCCCGAGGAGCUGUGGGCACAGACACACGUCCAGCUGCUUAACCAAACGCAGAACCCGAGAUCGUCCCGUCCCUGCCUGGUGCCUGCCUCCGCAAAUUGCUCACAUGCCUACACCGCCUCGCUUCUUGUUUUUUUUUAAAAGUCAGACUGGUGCCAUAUGAGGAGACAACUGUACAGCGACCUCCAUAAUUUUAAAUGUAAAUAAAAAAGGAAAUGUCGGUGUGAA